AUGCCUGACAGUGAUAUUCGCGACCUGGGCAUCGGCCGCGCUGAGCAGGACAACUUUCUGAUAGGCGCUUGGCCGCUGCGCGAUGCCGGUAGAGAUGCCGCACACGGCAAGGGCCUCUCGGGAGUCUAUUGCUUGGUGGUCAUAACGCGGCCCAUCAACACCAGACUGUCGAUCCAGGACCGCAAAGGUCGGGCGAGAGAGGCCGAAGAGCUCAUCUCCAAAUUCAUGUCCCUGGUCUGGCACGAUGCCCUCGCACCCGAGCUGAUCAACGAAUUCGCCAGGCACGUCACAAGUCUACGGUUCGCAGACUUGGUCACCAUGGAAACCAUGAAUUCGACAUUGUGGUCGCGACCAGAGCAUCGACUGUACGACCACAUAGUCUUCAACGCCCAAGGCGACCCGCGACUGGCUAACGAAGAGGCGGCAGAGACCAGCUACGGUCACGUCACUAGCCACCCCCAAAACAUGGGCGAGACGAUACAGGAGAAGGCGUGCGAGGUGGAGCAUCAUCCAGACGGCACCAAGAGCUGUUUCCUGCCUCAGCCGCCCAAGUACAUUCGGAUUUUGUAUGACCCCUUGGACGGCGAGGGACACCCCCUCAAAAGCUUUCAGACAAUUCAAGUGAGAGAUGUGCGUCCCGAAGAGGACCCAAUCGACGGUGGUGGCGACCGAACGCUUCACUCGUACAUUCUCCUCUUGGCUGUUCGCCGAAGGGCACAAGAGGCCGAGCCCGACUGCAUUCGAACUUUCUCGAUGGACGGCAUGCCGAUUGAGCCCCGGGUCCAAGCCCCCUACACAAACACAGACUGGCACGUGGGCGAGCCCGGCCACUGA